AUGGCGGACUCGGGCGAGGAGGUGCUGCUGACCCCGGCGGAGCUGCUCCGGAGCCUGGAGCAGGUGGGAGAGGCGCGGGCGCCUGGGUCCCGGGGGGCGGGGGCGGGCUGACUUUGCCCGCGAGGCCGCUGCGGGGGCCCGGGCGCCGCCGAGGCCGCAUUCCCGUCGGGGCGGCGGGCCUCGGCCGAGCGGGGAGUCCCGGCAGACGAGGCUGGCGACCGCCCGGGGAGCCCCUGGCCAAGGGCGGCCUGGAUCUCCGCGGCCAAGCGGGCGCCUCUGCGGGAGCCCCGAGCCUCCCCCCUCCGCGGGCUCCCCAUCCUUUCGCGAGAUUUGCACGGGCAAGAGCCGCAGAGUGCGGAGUCAGCGGGGUGCCCAGUGGUGAUGCACCCGAAACGCUCAUUGCUUGUAUGCUACUAAAGCAACAAAACCCACAAAGUGGUUUAGAUAAAACCAUGUCCAUGAGCAUGUGUGUGCGCUUAUAUAUUAUAUGUUACUUGUUAUUUGCUAAAGUUCUAUAUCCAGAGACCUCAGGGUGGUUCACAGCUCAAAAACGCAAGAUAAAACCCCAAAAGACAUAAGGAGAAACAAGAACAAAAGCAGAGGAAACCAAUGACAUCCCCAGCCUCUCCCACAAAUCCAUUGAAAAGCAUGACUUAAAUUUGCAUCUGUGUGCAUAGAUAACCAUAUGCAAAUUUGCGCCGCAGUCUUGUAAGGACCUUGAAUUCAGGGUGUUAUAAAGGAGGCUGGGAAAAUUGGUACCACCACCGCAAUGCCCAUUGGCUGUUUCUGCUCUCCAGGCCUGGAUGAAUGAGAAGUUUUCCCCUGAGCUGCUGGAGAGCAAGUCAGAAGUGGUGGACUGUGUGGUCGAGCAACUGGAGCACAUGGUAAUAUGUGGGGCGGAUGGGAGGGACCUUAACUCUGUUUGUUUGGAAAAAGCCAUGCCCAGAUGAACGCUUAAGGCAGGCGUGGCUAACCCUUUGAGGGCCGAGGCCACAUGGACCCGCAGGCAGGCAGCCAGCCUUCUGGGGGCCACAUGUAAAAUUGACUUUGGUCAAUCUAAAAGACACCCCCAUUACAUUGUGGGGAAAGGCUGUAGCCCUAAGGCAGAGCAUCUUCUUUGCAUGCAGAGUCUGGUCCCAGGUUUGGUCCUCAAAGGCAUCACAGGUAGGACUGGAGAUAUUCCCUGUCUGAAACCCUGGAGAGCCAUUGUCAGUCCCUGGACACAAUACAGACCAAGGCAGUAUGCAUCAGUGGUUUGAGUCUGUAUAAGGCCGGUAAAUUCCUUUGGCAUUGCAGAAUCAGAGCAGGAGGCAUGGGAAUGGUCAGCAAAAAAAAAAAAGGCCCUUUAAAAUGGACAGAUAUUGGGGGGCUACAAUGACCUUUUGGUGGGCAUCGGGUUCCUGUAUAAAGAAAUAAUUUACUUUAUGCAUAGAGAGAGAUGUAUGUCUCAUGCUUGCAUAAGUUUUUCAAACGGGGAAGUUAGGUGGGUGGGUGGGUGUACAGCACCAGAAACAUUUCUCGUCAUAGUGAGGAACCUAUGGAAGCAAUCGGGUUUGUUUGUUUUUUUAAGAAGUAAUUGCAGGCGGCGACAAUUUUGCAUGCAUCCAGUUGGCACACAACUGCCAGCAUGUGGGUAGAAGAGGGCAGAACAGGGGCAAGGUGAGUGGCCAAUUGCAUACUCCGCCGACGCACAGGGGGCCAGGAACGGUGGCCGCCUGUAUUACUUUUAAAAAAAAAUUGCACAGGGUCAGCACAAAAUUUCUAUGGCCUCACAGUGGGAAGGCCCAUAAGAGCUAUUUUUAAAAAAUCUUUUUGUAAUUGACGCAUUACAGGAGGUCUCAUGGGGGCCAGUACAUAACCUUAGAGGGACUGUACAUAACCUUCAGGCUAUGGGUUAGCUGCCCUUCCUUAAGGGUGUAUGUCUUGAUUCACAAUCCCCAUGUUAGGGAGUCUGUGUCUUACUUUGAAGGAGGCACACUGCAUCACACUGUGGUGUGACCAAGGAAUGGGAACAGCUGGAGGCUGGGCAUCAAUUUCUCCCCCUGCAUCCUUCCAUGUGAGCGAAUGUCGCAGCUGCGCAGACGAAAGGGUUUGGCCGACUGUGCCUUCUUCCUCGGUGCAGAACUUCUGAUUUUGUGUGUGUGACAGGAGGCGAAUCUGAAACGGGCCGAGAGAGGUGAUCUCAAGGUCAGCAUUCACCGCAUGGAGGUCGAGAGGAUCCGUUACAUCCUCAGCAGCUACCUGCGCUGCCGCCUACGGAAGGUAAGGGCCAGCUGCGUUUUGCUUAGAGGUGCUGCUCUCUGCUCUAAAUAGGUGAGUCGCUGUGAGCGUGAUUUCCAUGCAGAGGUCACAUGUCACAUCAACUUUCUUUGUGUGUCUUCUGCUACCUGUUGUACAGCUUAGUAAGGUAGAGAAUGAUCUCCCAUAUUUUCAGCCAGAAUUGGCAAGUGCUUCCAGCCUCCCUUCUCUCUAGAGAGAGACAGACAGAGGGAGUGUGCAGGGAGGCUAAAGGGCCGUGGAGGGCUAGCCUUAGUAACCUCUGAUCAACUGCUGCAAUAUGUUAUGCACGGGAUAGCCUUUGGAGAAUAUUUGGAAACCUUUGCUGGUCCUCAGAAGAGGAAUCGUGUGUGUGUACAGCAGUAGCAAUAAAAUGAGGGGCAGAGCUCAUGGGGCCUUGCUUGCAAGAGGUCCCAGGUUCCUUCUCUAUUAUUGCCAUGUCCAAGUCUGUUGCAGCAUGUAGCCCGCUUAGCAGUUCUUACGCCAUUUAUUUCCGCUUGCAGAUUGAGAAAUACUUUCCCCAUGUCCUGGAGAAGGAGAAGACUCGGGCAGAGGGGGAGCCAGCCCUCCUAUCACCGGAAGAGUUUGCCUUUGCCAAAGAGUGAGUGAGUGGGCCAUGGGGAGGCAGGAAGGUGAAAGCAACGGGUGGCUCUCGCCCCUCAUUUCUGUGUUCUUAAUUUCAGUUGCAUUGUGCAUCUUCCAGGUGGCCUGGACUAGCUGCCAAAAAUUUAACAUACAGACACAAAAUUAGGGUUGCCAACUGAUCAGAAAGAAAGGCUGGCCGGCUCCUGUGCCUUUAACAACAGCAUGCUCUAUAGUGGCAGGGGGAGGGGGCCACAUUCCCUCAUGGAUGACCUUCCAGUGGUGGGCUGUACCAGCAACAAAUGUUGCUGGUACAGCCCACAGCUCAUGUGAAUACCAUUGGCAGAAUCCAACCGUACAAAAGCCAAAGCUUUCUACACACCCCAUACCCAUGUCUCUCAGUCCAGGUCCGCAUUGCCGCAGAUCCAGCCAGGUAAAAGCAUCUGAGGAUGCCAUGGUGGCUGGUAAGAGUUGGGACUGGGCCGACGGCGGAUGGGGCCAGCUAAUUCUCACUUGGUCCCCAGACUCCUCCCUGCUGAGUUCUACACGGGCACAAGAGGCUCCCCCCCCCAUUGCACCACACCUUUAAGCUGCUGCAAUGCCGCUUUAAACAGUCAUGGCUUCCCCCAAGCCAUAGGUUAAGGGAGCUGAGAGUUGUUUGGAGAUUCCCUCCCCUCACAGAGUUUGGGAGGGGCAGAAGGAGGAGACCCCCUGCUUCUUGGCUGCUCCUUGUUCUUGGGAUGGCUGCAUGCUUGUGCCGCUCUGACGCUUCUCCCUUUCCCAGGAAAAGCCCACGACUGUGACUUUCUUGCAGGUACAUGGCAAACAUCGAGGCUCAUCUCAGAAAUGUGGCCUUGAAGCACAUGCCUCCCAACCUGCAGAAGGUGGAUCUCCUGAAGUCUGGUAAGCAAGGCUGGACUUGGCAGUGGGCCAUCCAAAUACUCCCCACCACGUGGCUUUGCAGAAGUUAAGAGGCAGGUCCUUGUUCCGAGGGGCUUACAGGGUUGGCAACGUGAUGCGCUCCAGCUGUUGUGGGGCUCCAGGUCCCACCAUCACUGACCACUGGCCAAGCUGGACUGGGUGGGUGGGGAGUUGGGGAUCAGAGCAACGUCUGGAAGUUACCACAUGGUCUCUAUGCGGUCCUUUAUGUACCUUUGCUUUUUCAUACCAUAAAUAUACAUGCCAUCCAAAUCUGUUAUCUUGCCCUAAGUCUAAAAUACCUGCAUUUUUCAAAAUUAUCCAUUCCUGAACCAACAGAUACAGGACGCUUCAUAAUAUAAUUUUAAAUCUGGCAGGGCAAAGCCCAGUCUUUCCUUGGUGUCUCUUAACAGUUUAUAUUUUUUCCUUGGUUUCUUCCCCUGCCAUAUAAAUCUGGAAAGAUCUUUUUGCCAUUCCUUGAAGUGUCCUGCACCGCUGAUCGCAGGUAUUGGAUGAAAUAGAAAUAACAUUCUUGACAAAACAUUCAUUUUUAUCAGUGAUAUUCUUCCCCCAAAAGAUAAAUGCAUCCUUCCCCAAAUCUCUAGGUUCCUCUUUAUUUCUUUCCAAAUAUUUACACAAUUGUAUUUAUAUACAAUUGUGUGACGCGGCAGCUAAAAAAGCCAAUGCAAUUCUGGGCUGCAUCAAUAGGACUAUAGCAUCUAGAUCAAGGGAAGUAAUAGUGCCACUGUAUUCUGCUCUGGUCAGACCUCACCUGGAGUACUGUGUCCAGUUCUGGGCACCACAGUUCAAGAAGGACACUGACAAACUGGAACGUGUCCAGAGGAGGGCAACCAAAAUGGUCAAAGGCCUGGAAACGAUGCCUUAUGAGGAACGGCUACGGGAGCUGGGCAUGUUUAGCCUGGAGAAGAGGAGGUUAAGGGGUGAUAUGAUAGCCAUGUUCAAAUAUAUAAAAGGAUGUCACCUAGAGGAGGGAGAAAGGUUGUUUUCUGCUGCUCCAGAGAAGCGGACACGGAGCAAUGGAUCCAAACUACAAGAAAGAAGAUUCCACCUAAACAUUAGGAAGAACUUCCUGACAGUAAGAGCUGUUCGACAGUGGAAUUUGCUGCCAAGGAGUGUGGUGGAGUCUCCUUCUUUGGAGGUCUUUAAGCAGAGGCUUGACAACCAUAUGUCAGGAGUGCUCUGAUGGUGUUUCCUGCUUGGCAGGGGGUUGGACUCGAUGGCCCUUGUGGUCUCUUCCAACUCUAUGAUUCUAUGAUUCUAUGAUUCUAUAUUCUUCGCUGUAUACCAUACACCUAAAUACUUAGCUUUUUUAGCUAUAUUUAAAUCCGUAGUUUGUUGUAAGUCCUUUUUAUAUUGCCCUGUCAUGUUUUCCACCAAGAGCUUAUUUUUAUUUAAUUUGAAACCUGAUACCUGAUCAAAUUCCAGGAUCCUCUCCAAAACCUUUGGUAUACUGCUCUUGGUAUCUUCUACAGCAAUCACAAGGUCAUCUGCAAAAGCUUUUAGUUUAUAUGCUUUUCUUCCUACCUCUUAUUGUCUCAUCAAAUCUUAGGUUUCUCGCCAGGGUUUCUAACACUAAAAUAAACAAUAACGGUGACAGGGGACACCCUUACCUUGUCCCCUUUGUUAUUUUGCAUUUUUCAGUUAUCACAUUAUUCACAAUCAGCAUAGCCUGUUGAUCUGAGUAAAUUGCUUCAAUACCUCUGCUGAAUGUCUCCCCAAAGUUCAUCAUUUCUAUUGUCUUCUUCUUAAAAGUCCAUGAAAUAUUAUCAAAGGCCUUUUCUGCAUCUAUAAACAUUAAUGCUACUUGUUUUUCAUUCCUGCCCUCCAGAUAUUCUAUAAUGUCAAUUAUAUUCCUUAUGUUGUCCUUCAUCUGGCGGCCUGGUAAGAAACCGGCCUGAUCAAUAUGAAUUAAAUCCAUUAACCCUUUUCAUUCAGUUUGCAAGUAUAUUGGCAAAUAAUUUGUAAUCAUUAUUUAAUCAAGAAAUUGGCCUGUAAUUUUUGACUAAAAGUACAUCCAUAUUGUGCAUUGGAAUCAAAGUAAUACAGUAGUAUCUCGGGUUAAGAACUUAAUUCGUUCCGGAGGUCCGUUUUUAACUUGAAACUGUUCUUAACCUGAGGUACCAUUUUAGCUAAUGGGGCUUCCCGUUGCCACGCGAUUUCUGUUCUCAACCUGAAACAAAGUUCUUAACCCGAGGUACUAUUUCUGGGUUAGCAGAGUCUGUAACCUGAAGCGUCUGUAACCCGAUGUACCACUGUAUAGGCUUCUUUCCAAGACUCUGGUACUUUCCCAAUAUUUAAAAUCUCAUUCAUUACAUCUGCAAGCAGUUGUACCAGAAAGUCUUGUAAUUUUUUUAUAAUACUUUGCAGACAAUCCGUCUGGUCCUAGCAUUUUACCUAUUUUAGCUUAUUUAACUGCAUCUUGCACCUCCAGCACCAUUACUGGCGCAUUUUAAAAAAUCAUUUUUUUCUUUUGCAAUUUUUGGUAAUUUAUUUUGCUUAAAUAUUCUUCAAUUUUCUCUUUAUUUUCAGUACCUGCUCUGUAUAGAUCUGUAUAAUACCUUACAAAUUGCAAUCUUAUCUUUCAGAUUGUCUGCUACUUUCCCCUCUAUAUUUAAUUUGUUUAUUAAAUUUGCGCCCUGUUUUUACCUUAACUGCCAUGCCACUAACUUACCUGGCUUGUUGCCAUAUUCAAAAAUUUUCUGUUUCAUCCUUUUUAUUUUCUACUCUAUCUCCUGAUUUAUUAUCAUUGAAUCAUAGAAUCAUAGAGUUGGAAGAGACCACAAGGGCCAUCGAGUCCAACCCCCUGCCAAGCAGGAAACACCAUCAGAGCACUCCUGACAUAUGGUUGUCAAGCCUCUGCUUAAAGACCUCCAAAGAAGGAGACUCCACCACACUCCUUGGCAGCAAAUUCCACUGUCAAACAGCUCUUACUGUCAGGAAGUUCUUCCUAAUGUUUAGGUGGAAUCUUCUUUCUUGUAGUUUGGAUCCAUUGCUCCGUGUCCGCUUCUCUGGAGCAGCAGAAAACAACCUUUCUCCCUCCUCUAGGUGACAUCCUUUUAUAUAUUUGAACAUGGCUAUCAUAUCACCCCUUAACCUCCUCUUCUCCAGGCUAAACAUGCCCAGCUCUCUUAGCCGUUCCUCAUAAGGCAUCGUUUCCAGGCCUUUGACCAUUUUGGUUGCCCUCCUCUGGACACGGUCCAGUUUGUCAAUGUCCUUCUUGAACUGUGGUGCCCAGAACUGGACACAGUACUCCAGGUGAGGUCUGACCAGAGCAGAAUACAGUGGCACUAUUACUUCCCUUGAUCUAGAUGCUAUACUCCUAUUGAUGCAGCCCAGAAUUGCAUUGGCUUUUUUAGCUGCCGCGUCACACUGUUGGCUCAUGUCAAGUUUGUGGUCAACCAAGACUCCUAGAUCCUUUUCACAUGUACUCCUCUCAAGCCAGGUGUCACCCAUCUUGUAUUUGUGCCUCUCAUUUUUUUUUUGCAUUUCUCCCUGUUAAAAUUCAUCUUGUUUGUUUUUCCCCAGUUCUCUAAUCUGUCAAGGUCGUUUUGAAGUGUGAUCCUGUUCUCUGGAAUAUUGUAACGUUUUUAUUAUUUGUUUUAUUGAUUCUUUCCCAGUUUUUUUAACCGUUUCUUAUUUUUAAUCAAUUCUUCCAGUAUUUCCCUUCUCUAAUCUUUUUCUGGUAGGCAUUUUGUUGGAUAAAAUAGCCUCUCAUUACAGCUUUAUUGGCAUCCCAGACCAUCUUUAUAUCUGUUUCUUGAUUUAAAUUUAAUUCAGAAUAAUCCCUCAGGACUUUUUCUGCUUUUUGUAAAACAUUUUGAUUAUCUAAAAGUCCUUCAUUUAAUCUCCAUCUAAACAGGCAAUCUUUUUCUCCUUUUAAUUCGAGUAUUAUUGAAUUAUGGUCUGAAAGUGUGCUUGGUUGUCUCUCUAUUUUUUUGGUUUGUAUUGAUAAUUCUCUAGAGAGCCGUACUGAGUCAAUUCUUCCGCUAAACCAAUACAGUUCUGAGAAAAAUGUAAAUUCUCUCUCCAGUGGGUGUUUAAAUCUCCAAAUACCAAUCAAAUUAAAGUUAUCCACUAUUUUAAAGAAACUUAAAAUUCCUUUAAAAAAUUUAUUGGGUUAUACAUUUUUAAACAUCAAAAUGUCACAUUAUAUAACAAUAAUAUCAUUCCCCAGUUUCCCCCUCCCCCCAUAUGACUUCCCUCAACUUCCUCUUCUGGUUUAUUUUAACGUAAUAUCUUCUCCUGCUUCUUCUACUCUUUUCUCAACUUUUUGGUAUCUUUAAAUCAUAUUCUUAUUGUUCUGUUCUCAUAUCAACGUCAUAUUUAUACUUUUGAAUCUGCCAUUCUGAUUUAUGUUAUAAUUUUAUUAUUUCUAAUUGUUGAAUUAUGAAUCUUGUUGCUUUUGUAUCUCUUCUUAUUUUUCACCUGUAUCCUAGGGAGUUUCCUCCCCUUCUCCUGUCAAGGGCUCCGCUUCUCCUAGUUGUUUUUUAGACUUUCUCCAGAAUUUCUCCACUUCCGAUGUAUCUCUGCACCUUUGUUUCUUACCUUUAUACGUAAAAGAUACCCCUUCCGGGAAUUCCCAUCUAUUUGGGAUGUGAUUACUUUUCAAAGCAUCUGUCAGGAAUUUAUAAGGCUUUUGGAUAUAAGGCUUUUUGGUUGCACUGUAAAGCAAUUCAUCAAGAUCUGCCCCAAUAUUCCGUCAUUCUGAUACUCCGUUUCCCAGUCCCCGCUCUGGAUGGUGCUGUACUUGUUAGUCACGCUCCUUGAAGUCUCCAGAGAAGUCAAUCUGUCUCACUCCCAGAUGAUGGAGUGAGUCUCCCCUUGGAGGAGUGCUUUGCAGACAAUUUUGAUGGAGAAGCCUUUCCCUCUCUGUGUGUUUCCUUACAGUACCCAAACCGAAUCUGGAUUCCUUCGUAUUCCUGCGGGUGAAAGAGAGACAGGAGAAUAUCCUGGUGGAACCAGAGACUGAUGAGCAGAGGUAGGAAAGAGACUCCCAAGAAUGGAGCUUGCUGAGCUUAUCAGUACCCCAAAAAGGAAGGGAUGAGCCCAAACACCAGCAUCCAAACGAUCUCCCCAGAGAAGUUCCCUCCACCAGCCUUUCCCAGCCUGGUGCUUUCCAGAUGUUUAAGGCUGCUACUCCCGUCCACCCCAGCAGGACAAACUCCUGUUCAAGCCGUUGUUCCCAAGGAGCCUCCAACAAGGUGCACGACUUCUGAAAAAGAGAAGCCUUUGCACCUGCUUGCUGGGUGUGUCUCUUUGCUUCCUUGCGGCUGAUAUUCGGCAUGUCCCUUUGCCUUUUUGAAAUCUCUAGCGGCUUACACAACAGGCAGGAUUGUAGCGACUUCUUGGGCUUUGUGCACUGAGGCUGAGCUAAACCACUAAAGGUGUUUGGUUGGCUUCCAUCAGCUGCUGUCUUAAAUGUUAUUUUCUGAACAAGGAUGGCUGUUUAUGUUUCAGGGUUUUGUUAUAGUUGAUUUGAGAAUUGCAAACUGCUUUGUAUGUCCAUGGACAGAAAAGCAGGGUAAAAACAACAGAUCGUCAGCUUUCUCAGGAGCAGCCCAGUAGGCUUUGGCCGUUGCUCCCCUGCUUCCUUCGUUACACAGCAAAUAGUGAAAAUGUGGAACUUGCUGCUGCAAUAUGAAGCAAGGGCCACAAACCUGGAUGGCUUUGAAAAUGAAUGAGCCUUAUUCUGUAUUCACCCAUCUCUCACAGGCUUCUGGCCACAGCAGCUGUCUGUGUUUUUCCUCCACUGCCAGGGGCCGUAUGUAUCUGAAUGCCAAUGGAAAUGGAUUUCUUUAAAUAUGUCGUGGGUGUUAAGCCUGAUUUGUGAGGCUUCCAGUCCUUCUGCUUGGAAAGGCUUGACGGUUUUUGAGAGAGGCUGGGGAACCUGUGGCUCUCUAGAUGUUGGCCUACAGUUCCCACCUUAUCCCUGGCCAGGCUUAGAGGAUGGCGGUUGGAGGCCAACAAUAUACAGAGCGACAUGGGUUCUCCACCCUGUUGUAAGUGUGUGUAAAUACUUGCAGAUCUUUGACAUUUGAAAAUAUAUUUUCACAGUGACCUCAGAGAGAGAGGAGAUGGAAAUUAGUGCCCUAGUUGAGUUUAAUAAAUUCCUAGUAACUAGCAUGCAAAUCAAUCCAACAUAUCUCUAAUUAGGAAGAAAUUCCUACUAUGCUCAAAAGUAAGUGUACAUAGGUUUGCAACCUUACCUAACCUUAUUAUGGUCUGUCUCUUUCAGAGAAUAUGUGAUUGACCUGGAUGAAGACUCUCAGCAUCUGAUCAGAUACCAAACCAUUGCUCCCCUGGUGGCUUCUGGGGCAGUUCAGCUCAUCUAA